UUAAAAUAAUUUAUUCACAUUGUAAAAAUAAAAAUAGAAGGAGGUCAGAGAGAUGAGGCAGUUGAGAGUUCAUACACUAAAAAACAAACAAAUUAGAAACCAUAGUUCAACCGGCAGAAAGAAAGAUCAUUCCAAGAUUCCAAAGAAGAAGAAGAAGAAGAAGCCCAUGGAAGCAAUUCAAAACCAAAGACCAAGUCCUCAGUCAUCUCUCCACCGCGUCUCCUCUCUAUCUCUCUCCGUUUCCUAUUUCCCAAAAAGUAACUCAAUAUACAACUACAACAACAACAUCAAAACCAUUCAUUCUUUUGGUCCUCCAACUAUCUUCCACACCAUCUUCUAUUCUUCUUCUUCUCAUCCUCCUCCUCUUCCUCUUUGAUACAAUGAAAAAAUUCCACUCAUCUCUCUCAUUCAUAUCCAUUCUUCAAUGUCUCCUCCUUCAUUCCUCCUCUUCUUCUUCUUCUUCUUCUUCUUGUUCUCUUCUACUACCUUCUCUUCUCCUCUGUCAACUAUAGCCAUCUCUCAUGUAAAAAACACAACCAUAGUUUGUGCUCUUCUGCCUUCAACUUCUUCAUAUGACUUGAACUGCACAGCCUUCCCCUAUGGCAUCAUCCAUUCCUAUCCUUCUUCCAAGGGAGCUUACUACUCAGCCAUUGCUGCUGGUGAUGGCUUUUUAUGUGCUCUUUCUUCGCUUUCAUCCUCAUCUUCGUCCUCUCCUAAUACCUCGGUGAUGCGCUGGUGGGAUUUCACUCAUCAGACUUCUCCGGAGUUUGAUUCGAAGAGAGUCUACAUUGGUCCAGUGCUUGGCAAGCUGGCCUCUGGCAACAGCCAUGUUUGCGGUCUUCGUGAUGACACCGGAAAAAUCAGCUGCUGGCGCUGGAAUAAUAUUUCUAUCCCUUCUGACAUGAAAUUCAAAGACAUCGCGGUCGGCGGGGAUUUUCUCUGCGGGUUGUUGGAUUGCGGUGACGUGCAGUGCUUCGGCGGAGAAGAGAAUAGAGUUGUUCUUGGCAACUUCACUCAAGUCGCCGCCGGCACGCGACAUGCUUGUGCCAUCUCUGUUUCCAAAGAGCUUCAUUGUUGGACAGCUGGAGAUCCAAGCAAUGAGCAAGAAACAAAAGUGUUGGCUGAGAAUGUUCAGGCAGUGGCGCUCGGCGACGACAACAGGACAUGCAUGCUGAUCACCAAUGGAACAGUUUCUUGCUGGGGAGAUGAAAUUGAGUUGCCGGGAGAUCUUGUGAACCAGCAGUUUAUGUCUAUUGAAGCCAAAGGCAAUGCUUUCUGUGGAGUUUUGAGGUCUAAUUUUUCACUGAUGUGUUGGGGGAGCCCAUUUUUUCUCACCAAACAUUUUGUUUAUCCAAGAGCUCUGCCAGCAGCUUGCCAGCCGAUUUCAGUCUCUAAUUGUUCUUGUGGGUAUUUGCCGGAUUAUCAGACUAUUUGUCUCGACGGAACUACUAUCUGUGAGCAAUGUAUUCAACCAUCCUUUGCCUUACCAGUACAACCAUCAUCACCGCCACCACUAGCACCACCAUCAUCACCGGCAUCACCAUCAAACAAUAACACAACCAAUCCGGAUCAUAAGGUCAGUGGCACGAAAAGAACAACAAUUGUUCUAAUAAUCGCCGGCUCUGUUGCAACUGCCAUCAGUAUAGCCGCGAUAGCUUGUUACACAUUAUACCGAUUAUCAAACAAGAGUGGCCGCAUUCACAAUUCCGACGUCCGGCCCCGGCCCCGGCCGGGGAAUCAACCAAGACCAGAGUUACCAACAAACCAACGUCUCACCGAACUGUUAAGCAAAAACCAUGGCUCAUACAUUGAGGAAUUUCCCCUCCAAGCACUGUUAGCAGCCACCAAUGGCUUCUCCAGAGAGAACAAGCUUGGCUCAGGAGGCUACGGCACGGUGUACCGCGCCACUCUCAGCGAUGGCCGCACGGUCGCCAUCAAGCGCGCCGAAGCGCGCGCAUCGACCUCAACUUCUCUCCCUCCGCGCAGAACCAAAGACAAAGAGUACGCCUUUCUCUCCGAACUGGCCCUGCUCUCGCGCGUCAACCAUAAAAACUUGGUUCGUUUACUGGGGUAUUGCGUCGAACACCAUGAGCGCGUUCUCGUCUACGAGUUCAUGCCCAAUGGCUCCCUCCACGACCACCUCCACAAGCUCGCCGGCUCCGAACUAUCCUCGUGGUCGACGCGUCUCCGUGUCGCCCUUGACGCCGCGCGCGGGAUCGAGUACUUGCACAGCUACGCCGUCCCGCCCAUCAUCCACCGCGACAUCAAAUCGUCGAACAUCUUGCUCGAUGAUUCAUGGACGGCCAAAGUUUCAGACUUUGGCCUCUCGUUGAUGAACCUCAACGACGAAUCAUCGCCUGAAGAAUCCCUCCACACCGCCGGCACCGUCGGGUAUAUGGAUCCCGAGUACUAUCGUCUCCAGAACCUCACUGCCAAGAGCGAUGUCUACAGCUUCGGCGUUGUUCUUCUCGAGUUGCUCUCGGGUUGCAAAGUGAUCCACCGGUACGAGGAGAGCUCGACGCCGCGCAAUGUCGUGGAGUUCGCCGUGCCGCACAUCGUCGCCGACCAUGUCCACAAGGUGCUCGACCAAAAGCUCCCACCGCCAUCGCCGACCGAGAUCGAAGCGGUGACGUACGUCGGAUACCUCGCCGCUGAUUGUGUCAGCCUUGAAGGCCGGUACCGGCCGACGAUGACUGAGGUCGUGGCCGCGCUGGAGCGCGCCGUCACGGCGGCCGUGCCGCCGGAGCCGACGUUGUCUCGGUCGUCCACCACACGGUCCGUGUGAAUUCACACGUGUGAAUGUUUUGGUUGAAAAUUUUUAGAUUUUUUUUUUAAUUAUUGAGGGGGUUUUGUGUAAUUUUUAUUGAUUUGAAUCAUUUGAGGGGAGGAUGGGAUGGUGGAUUGGUUAUAAGUUGUGCUAUAAAAAAUUUGUAGGAAUGUGAGGG